GCCGACUCACACAUACUCACUUCGCUCUCGCGGUCUCCUUCCUAUUAUCGGCGGGCCCCUAGCCCCMCACACCCCCGUGAGCUCUACCUCCCUUUCCCUUCCGACCAUGGAAGAGAGUUCCUUUGAGGAGAUCAUCGCGGCGCCGUCCACCUCCCAGGUGAGCGUUCAGCCAGCGGGUCAGGGUCAGGCCCAUUGGGACACGAUGGACCUUCAUGCCACCCUCGUAGCGAUUCAGGCGCAACUUAGUACGCUUGGACCGUUGCAAGCGCAAAUCAAUGCGCUUGCCCUUGACGUCAACCGCCUCAAGGGCUCUCCUCAUCACUCUCCCCACCGCUCYCAUACCCCAUCCYCUACCGGCUCCGAGUCUGGCUCCCCACGACUCCAGAGUCGGAGACAUCGUGGUUCCCCCUCCUCUACGGGCCAGGCCCAACACUCCCCCGCAGCAGUGGCGAGUGCUGCUGCCGCUCAAACCACCCCGUCUGUUGCGGCAGUUCUCCCGGCCACGGCUGCCCCUACCGUCUCUACUACUGCCGUAGGUGCUGCGGUCCAAGUACCGCCUCGAGGCCCAACAGUUUCAUCGACCCACACCAGUGUUGCUUCCCAGCUUCCCGCACCGGUCGCGGCAAUAUGGCUCCGCCCUCUUCUUCCCGCCUUUGUCCCCCCACCCCCACAGCAGGGUACCGCCCAGGUUGGGAUUCCUCCUCCCACUGGGAGACCCGCUCCGCCCCCUCCACCUCCGACCCCGCGCACCCAGCGCGUGGCCACUUUACAGGCCACCAUUGCGCAGGCUCAGGCGGAGAUUCUCGCUCUGAGACAGCCUCACCCAUCACAGGCUCGUCAGGAGCGCCUCACGAGACACAUCAACGUCCUGCGUCAUCUUAUCCCCUUGCUCUCUGACCCUGAUCGCACCCUACCCAUCAUCCCUAUUCGCCUAGGGACAUCUACGAGGGUGUAUCGCGCUUUAUGGGACUCUGGCUCACAGGGAGAUUUCGUUCACCCUCGAGUGGUUGAGGAAGCUCGCCUAGCUACCUUUGAGUCUCGCUCUCCUAUCUCCGUUACCCUCGGAGAUAACAAGACGCAACGCUUCUUCGAUCAGACGGUUCCCGACCUCCACUUCUCCCUCACCCUCCAGCCACCGGAUAGUACCCAGGCGCCUUGGCGCUACCAUUCCUCCGCCUACUUCGACGUGUUGGAGACUGGGUACGACUUUAUCCUUGGCACUCCCUGGUCUCGCCGGUUCCGUAGCACAGAGGCCGAAUGGGCGUUUGAGACACUCAUUCUCAAAACGAAGUGUGGUCAAACCCAUCGAGUCCCCUUCAUUGGAACCACGGGCGACACCCCUCCAAACCUACCUCCCCAGGACCCUCGUCCUUCUGGGUCCCACCYAGACAUCUCCUUCACUUCUCCCCAUCAGUUUGCUCACUUCAUCCGAAAGGAGGACGUCACCCUCUACUCAGUGAAUGUCAUGGAUCUUCUUCACUACGAUCCACUCUGUUCCGAGGUUGAGCUCAUCUCACUGGAGCCCGAUCCCCCUGACCCUUCCUCCAUCUUCGCGGCUCCCAUCUCGACAUUCACCCCGCAGCCUGCGGAUACCCCCUCGACAUCCCAGGUUCCUACGCCGUCCACUGCCGAGUCCACCCAUACGUCUCGUGCCGACGCAGACGUUGAGGAACUCAUGCGGUUCACGGCUGACUUAGAGCCCGUCAUUCGCGACCUGAUUCGGGAGUACCGCGACGUCUUCCCCCCGUAUUUCUCAUACAGCGGGAUUCCCCCGAUGCGUGGUGUUGAGCAUUCCAUCCAGCUCGUGCCUGACUAUCGUGUUCACCAUCAAGCACCAUACCGACUCUCGAUUCCAGAGGCGACGGAACUCAAGCGUCAGCUUGAGGAACUCCUUCGACUUGGUUUCAUUAAACCUAGUAACUCCCCUUGGGGUGCACCUGUUCGCUUUGCUCGCAAAGCGGAUGGAACUCUCCGCCUCUGCAUCGAUUAUCGUGGCCUUAACCGUUACACGGUUAAGAACAGCUAUCUCAUGCCCCGCGCGGAUGAGCUGUUUGACCGUCUGGCAGGCAACCGCUUCUUCACGAAGAUCGAUCUUCGUAGUGGUUACCACCAGAUCCGCGUUGCCGCAGAGGACCAGCCGAAGACCCCCUUUCGGGACAUCCUUGAAGAAUACGUUCUCGUAUACCUGGACGACAUCCUGGUCUACAGUCGUACCUUAGAAGACCAUAUCAGACACCUCCGCGAUGUCCUACAGCGCUUACGCAAGCAUGGCUUCUAUGCCAAGCUUAGUAAGUGCCGCUUUGCCCAGCGCAAAGUGGACUUCCUAGGACACCAUGUGUCUGACCAGGGUCGACACCAUGUGUCUGACCAGGGUCUCCACAUGGACGACGCGAAGAUCACUGCUAUUGCAGAGUGGCCCGUCCCCACAUCUGCCAACCAGCUUCACAGCUUUCUAGGUCUCACCAGCUACUAUAGUAAUUUUAUCCAGGGAUACUCUAGGUAUUCCUACGUCCUUACCUCCACCCUCCUCCGGAAGAACCGGCCGUGGUUUUGGACACACCUCUGCGAGGACGCCUUCCGCGCCCUCAAGAAGGCGGUGCCUUGCGCACCGGUUCUUCGCCUUCUCGAUUUUGAUCGUCCCUUUAUCGUCACCACCGAUGUGUCAGAUUUUGCAGUAGGAGUUGUCCUUUCUCAGGUGUUUCCCUCUCCUCCAGAUUCACCUUACCCACAUGUUCCUCCUUUCCCCCCCCCUCCUGCUGACACUGCUUCUCGACUGACGCCUAUCCUACCACCACUUCCCUCCACUGACAGUCCUCCCAUUACUUACUCCCCGAUCAUCGCGGAGGAUGGGACGGUCGAGGCUCGUGUUGGGGAUUGCCCGAUCGCUUUCUACUCUCGUCAACUACUACCUGCCGAGAUAAACUACACUGCCGAUGAACGUGAGGUUCUCGCAGUAGUUUAUGCUACCUGGCAUUGGCGUCAUUAUCUGCACGGGGCGCCCUUCACGGUGCGCACGGACAACUCAGUUGUCCAGGCUUUCCUCACGAAGCCUAAGCUUUUCCCUCGACAGGCACGCUGGUGGCGUGACUUAUCCGAGUUCAGUUUCACCACUCAGCCCAUCAAGGGUGAAACGAACCGCGUCGCCGAUGCCUUGUCCUGCCGUCCUGAUCACAAUCAGAAACCCAUCCAUCUUGCUGCCAUCUCCAUCACCAGUGUUGAUCAGUCGGUGAUCGACGCGUAUCGCACUCAGUACCGCCACUGCCCCGAUUAUCGCGUCAUCCACGCGACACUGCGGAGUGGCAAGACCGUUCCUUCCUACUCCCUCGGGGAGAACGGCCUCGUGUACUGGCAUGGCAGAUCUGGUCAGCUAGAACCACGUAUCUGCGUUCCCUCCACAGGACAGCUCCGCGUCCAGGCUGUAGCAGAGUUCCAUGACCAGGCAGUUGCCGGUCAUAUGGGUUUCCACAAGACGUUGGCUCGUGUUUGCCGCCUAUACGUCUGGCCGAAAUCCAAGGACUUUGUCAAAGCCUACAUCCAGGAGUGUCCUACCUGCCAGGAGGUGAACAAUGUGAACCACCUUCCGUAUGGGUUACUUCAGCUCUUACCCAUACCUGAAGAUCGUUGGCAGUCUAUCUCGAUGGAUUUCAUUGGUCCCCUCCRCCCACCCACUCAGCGCAGUCAUGAUGCUAUCUUGGUCGUCGUCGAUCGCUUCACGAAGCGUGCACGUUUUGUUCCGUGCCGCUAUCGCAUUAGCGCUCGUGAGGUCGCCGACAUCGUCUUCGACCGGGUCGUGAGAGAUCACGGCUUACCUCAGAGCAUCAUCUCCGACCGUGACCCGCGCUUUACCAGCACAUUCUGGCGACGCCUACACGAGGUGUACGGAUCCCAGCUCCGCUUCUCAUCGUCUUACCACCCUCAGACGGAUGGUCAGACUGAGGUUACCAACAAAACUCUCGGUAAUAUCCUCCGAAAGUUUGUUAGGGAUGACCAUCAGUGGGACUUACACUUAGCCCACGCAGAGAUUGCGUACAACCACGCUGUUUCGCCAACCACGGGGAUGUUGCCAUUCUAUUGCGACCUCGGCUACCACCCUCGCGUACCUGCGGAUUUCCUACGACCAUCGCGGUUGCGCCCAGACACUCGUUGCCCUGCGCUUGACGACUGCAUCGCCUACAUGGCGGCGAUUAUAAAGCGCGCACACGAGAGUUUAGCCGACUCCCAGACUCGCAUGGCCGCACGAGCGAACCGAUCACGAAUGGAUCAUUCACUCAAAGUCGGUGACGAUGUGCUCGUCGACGCACGCCACUUACAACUCGAAGCAGAUAUGCUUCGCAAGUUCAGGCGUCGUUUCUUCGGUCCAUGCCGCAUCCUUCAGGCCGUCGGCUCUGAUAAUGCCACUAGUCCGGUCAGCUUCCAUGUGAAGCUACCUGAUUACCUUCGACAGGCUCGCGUACACGAUGUUUACCACGUCUCCUUGUUGCGUCCUUAUCGCAGACCGUCCGAGCGCUUCGCCGGACGCCCUUAUGAGCGCCCUCCACCUAUCAUGGUGGACGGUCACGAGGAGUUCGUUGUUUCCGACAUCGUAUCACNUAUCAUGGUGGACGGUCACGAGGAGUUCGUUGUUUCCGACAUCGUAUCACGCCGAGUUACUGACGAUACCCCUCCACGCAUCGAGUACCUUGUGUGUUGGAAGGGCUACCCUGAUGAGGAGGCUACUUGGGAGCCCCUCGAGCACUUGCAACACGCCAGGAUGUUGGUGCGUGCAUAUGAUCGUGCUCGUCGUGCUGGGACAUCUGCUUCUACUCAGCCGACUGACCCUCUUCCUCCUCCUCCGGCUGAGGAGAUCGCUGAGGAUGAGCCCGCUCCCUCUGAGGCCGUUCCUCAGCCGCAGAUGGUCGCCUCCGAGCGUCCACAGCGCACUAAUCGUCGCCCUUCACGUUACGAUGACUGACACUCUUAUCCUCCAUCUUUCCCCACUGACUCAGACCAUCAGGUACUCCAUCAUCAGCUCUUCUUCAGGAUGUCAGCGUUUUGCGGCUCUGCUUCGACAUC